AUGGUGCUAAGAAUGGCGAUACUUACUGACGAUGCCGGCGAAAAGUUUGAGAAUGUACCACGUCCGCGGUUCAACUUUGGAAACGAGAAUGCAGACAAUGGACUCCGGACUAGACGACUGAUGGCUUUGGUCCGCUUGAUCCUUCAGCAUAAACGAGAAUGCAUCGUUGACGCUACAGUUGCCGUUUCGAUCUCAUCGAAACUAGGCCCUAGAGACCCUGGUGGGACUGGGAACCGGGUGGUAGAGCUCAAAGUUUCUGGUUUCUAUGUUGGCGCCGCAAGUUGA